AUGGCGGCCGUCGCCGGCUUGUACGGACUGGGAGAUGAGCAGCGCGGAAGACAUCGGCGAGGCCAGGCCAACGCCGAGCGCUCCGAGUCCCGGGAUGACAACACUGAGGCGUCGCUGCCGAAAUUGUGCAAUCAAGAAGAGGAGCAGAGCCGGCCGCCUCAAGGCGGCGUUGUCACAUUUGAACCAAUACACCAUGACCACGACUUCUGCGAGAGAGUCGUGAUCAAUGUCAGUGGUCUCAAAUUUGAAACUCAGCUUCGGACAUUAAAUCAGUUCCCGGAAACACUUCUAGGAGAUCCAGCUAGAAGGAUAAGAUACUUCGACCCCUUAAGGAACGAGUACUUCUUCGAUAGAAACAGGCCGUCCUUCGACGCCAUCCUUUAUUACUACCAGAGCGGCGGUCGACUUCGUCGCCCUGUAAACGUCCCACUGGACGUCUUCUCGGAGGAGAUCAAGUUUUACGAACUGGGGGAACAGGCAACCAACAAAUUCCGUGAGGAUGAAGGAUUCAUAAAGGAAGAGGAAAAACCCCUGCCCUCAAACGAGCGCCAGCGCAAAAUCUGGCUGUUGUUCGAAUACCCCGAGAGCUCACAGGCUGCCCGCGUCGUUGCCAUUAUCUCGGUUUUUGUCAUUCUGCUGUCCAUCGUGAUCUUCUGUCUGGAAACUCUACCGGAAUUCAAACACUACAAAGUAUUCAAUACUACCACCAACGGAACCAAAAUCGAGGAAGACGAAGUGCCAGAUAUUACCGACCCAUUCUUCUUGAUAGAAACGCUCUGUAUUAUCUGGUUCACUUUUGAAUUGAUAGUACGGUUUCUGGCCUGUCCUAAUAAGUUCAACUUCUUUAGAGACGUGAUGAAUAUAAUAGACAUAAUAGCUAUCAUCCCCUACUUCAUCACUCUGGCCACCGUUGUUGCUGAAGAAGAAGACACUUUGAACCUGCCAAGAGCUCCGGUUUCACCUCAAGAUAAAUCUACCAAUCAAGCCAUGAGUCUUGCUAUACUUCGAGUGAUUCGCCUCGUGCGAGUCUUCCGUAUCUUCAAGUUGUCGCGUCACUCCAAGGGCUUACAGAUUUUGGGACGGACUCUCAAAGCAUCUAUGAGAGAACUCGGACUUUUAAUAUUUUUCCUCUUUAUAGGUGUGGUGCUGUUUUCAUCUGCGGUGUACUUCGCGGAAGCCGGAAGUGAGAACAGCUUCUUCAAAUCCAUACCUGAUGCGUUUUGGUGGGCGGUCGUGACAAUGACGACCGUAGGAUACGGCGAUAUGACGCCUGUCGGAGUUUGGGGUAAAAUCGUCGGGUCGCUUUGUGCAAUCGCUGGUGUCCUCACGAUCGCUCUGCCAGUGCCUGUCAUCGUAUCUAACUUUAAUUACUUCUAUCACCGAGAGACCGACCAAGAGGAGAUGCAGUCCCAGAACUUCAACCACGUCACAAGCUGCCCCUACCUGCCCGGGACUAUGGGCGAACCAUAUUUGAUUUCAGGGCCGAUAAAGAAAUCGUCUGUGAGCGAUGACUCGUCGUCAGAUAUGAUGGAAUUAGAGGACUCGGCUCUAGUGGCAGACCCUGCUAUCCUCGAGAGUAACAUGCGUCGAUUACGUGAGGAGGAGCGCCUUCUCCUCGAACGACAGGCCGCUAUGGAAUCUGCCGGGAACGUGGACGACAUCGCCGCGCUGGAACACCAAGAUCUGCUACGCUUGAACCAACUAAAACAGCAACAAGUGCAGAAGCAACAGGCCAGACAGGCUAGUCGCUCGGGCGCGGUGGACACCCGCCGCGGCGAGCUGCGCCGGCGCACCACUUGCAACGUGCGCGUCAACCAACUGCACGCCGCUUCGGGCGCUGAGACGCUCGAGACGGACGUCUGA